UAUCUCUGAUUAGGUAACCACCUCAAAUGCAUUUUUGUCUAUAAAUACAGAAUGUUUCCCCUAAGCUGCAGUUGUGGGGUAGUCUACACUCUGGUAACAGUCUCAUCUAGGUAUCUCUACUUCAAAGAUUAAACUUUUGUCAAGAUGUCUGACACUAAUAAUCAUAUACUGGCCCUUUUCGAUAGACCAAGAGAGUUGUGCAUUAUGCCCAAAGGACCCAAUAACAUCUCAUUUGACGUUCCACUUGAGUAUUUGCCUGAAAAAUACAAAUAUAUAGGAGGUCAAAUUUCUUCUCGAUUUGGAGACGAAGCUACUGGUGGCAAGGUUCCCGUCAAUACCAUCUCAAUUCCACCAUUGGGAGAAAUUUUGGACCUAAAGAGAAAUGAAAAUUUCUCAUUGUGGAUUCCUAAACAUAGAAAAAUUGCCGGCCAGUUGAUUAAUAUCUACUUAGGAAUGCGUAAUGUUGACGAUCUGCUUUCUGUUGCUGUAUAUACUCGAGACAAAGUAAAUCCUUACCUCUUCAACUACUGUCUCUCAGUAGCGCUGUAUCAUAGAGCUGAUACCAAGGAUAUAGAUUUGCCGUCAUUUAUUAGAACAUUUCCAGACAAAUUCGUUGAUAGCAGACUUUUUGGCCAAGCCAGAGAGGAAGCGACCAUUGUGCCUGUCGGAGCCAGAAGACCAAUUGAAAUUGUCAAGGACUUUACUGCUACUGACUUGGAGCCAGAACAUCGCUUGGCCUAUUUUAGAGAAGAUUUGGGAGUUAAUCUACAUCAUUGGCAUUGGCAUUUGGUAUAUCCUUUUGACGGCGCAAUGCAAGUGGUUAAUAAGGACAGAAGAGGAGAAUUGUUCUAUUACAUGCAUCAGCAAUUAAUGGCAAGAUAUAAUUUUGAGCGACUGUGUCAUAAUAUGAAGCGAACUGAAAGGUUCAUUAACUGGAGGCAACCCAUUAAGGAAGCUUACUUUCCUAAAUUGGAUAGUUUAGUUUCAAGUAGAGCCUGGCCAUCACGGGUAGCCGAUCAAACACUAUCGAACCUUAAGAGAGAGGUUGAUCAGAUCACGUUGGAUGUUGAUGAUUUGGAGAGGUGGAGGGACAGGAUUUUCGAAGCUAUUCAAUCUGGUAAAGUAAAACAUAGGAAUGGUCAAAUCAUUUUAUUAGACGAAGCCACAGGAAUAGAUACCUUGGGCAAUAUGGUAGAAUCUAGUAUUCUUUCACCCAACAGAGAUUUUUAUGGAGAUAUACAUAACAUGGGCCACGUGUUUACUUCAUACAUACACGAUCCUGAUCAUAGACAUCUAGAAUCUUUUGCAGUGAUGGGAGAUACAGCAACUGCUAUGCGCGAUCCUAUAUUUUAUAGAUGGCAUGCAUAUAUUGAUGACAUUUUCCAAAACUUUAAAUCAUCGUUACCUAGAUACACGGUUCAACAGCUAAACUACCCAGGAGUUACAGUAGACAGUGUAUCAGUACAAUCAGCACAAGGGCAACCGAACAUUCUAACCACUUUCUGGAAACAAUCUGAUGUUGAUCUAUCUCGUGGAAUGGACUUUCAACCACGUGGUCCAGUAUUUGUUCGUUUUACACAUUUAGACCACUUUGAAUUCCAAUACCGUAUUACUGUUUCAAAUAACGGACCACCUAAACAAGGAACAUGCAGAAUAUUCAUGGCUCCCAAGUACGAUGAAAGGGGCAAUCCAUGGUUAUUCAGAGAUCAGAAACACAUGUUUAUUGAACUUGAUAAGUUCAAAGUUAAUCUGAGACAAGGCAAAAAUUUGAUAACCCGUAGGUCCACGGAUUCCUCCGUAACCAUACCCUUUGAGAGGACCUUCCGUGACUUAGAUACCGCAAGACCCCCAGGAGGUGACCGUUUGGCUCAAUUUAAUUUCUGCGGAUGUGGUUGGCCCCAAAAUAUGUUGAUUCCUAUGGGUAACACUGACAGUCCUGGAUUUAAAGCCGAACUGUUCGUUAUGAUUUCCAACUGGAGAGAUGAUGCUAUAAAUCAAGUUAUCCAAGGUGUUUGCAAUGACGCUGACAGCUAUUGUGGUUUGAAAGAUAAGCUAUACCCUGAUAAACGUUCCAUGGGUUAUCCCUUUGACAGACAGCCAAGGGAUAAUGUUGAUACUUUGGCAGACUUUCUGACACCUAAUAUGAGAGUUCAACAAGUUAAUAUUAUGUUCUCUAAUAAAACCUACAGGCCAAGACAAACAUAAUUUGCAUAAAAAAUGAUGGACUGAUUGUAACGUGUAUGGACAACUGAUUGUAAUGUGUAAUGAGCUUAAAUAAAUAAACGCAUUUUGAAAUUU